AUGCCGAUGGGCCAAUGCGACGUUCCUCUGGGGCACACUGCUGCUCCAAGAGCCCCUUCUGGUCUAGCUUGGGGCCGCGGGGCACCCAGUUACCACGGAGGAGAGGACAAGCAGCGAGGCUCCGACGCUCCGGCCGACGCUACAAAGCUCGAACAAACGAGCGCUGCCGUACAGAAGAAGAGACGGCCGUACCUUCUGAAGAGGAAAGCACUGACCACUGGCUUCUUUGAUUCCAAGAAGGAGGAGACGAAAGAUGGUGUGGAGACCGGCCUCGUGUUCAGGUUGUCCCUCACAAAUGCCUGGAGAACGACAUCUGAGUCACACUUUUUCCUCCUUAUUGAAGGCACUAAACAGUCAACAACGGGUUCCCUGGAGAGCCUCAACCUGGAAAGGAAGCGACCGAGCUUAGUGGGUGGGGAUCUACUGCCUCCUGGGCCACCCACGCCAGAUCUCCUGACGGUGGAGCCCAGCCCUCAGAUCCCCGGCCUCGUCAACAUGUGCUUUAAACACCUGGAGACCAAUGGCAUGCACACCCUCGGCAUCUUCAGAGUAUCCUCCUCGAAGAAGCGGGUCAGGCAGCUACGAGAGGAGUUUGACAGUGGACGGGAGGUCUGGCUCAACGAAGACCACUGCCCUCAUGACGUGGCGACGCUACUCAAAGAAUUCUUCAGGGACCUUCCAGAACCGUUAUUAACAAGGGAGCUCUACGAAGCCUUCAUUAAGACACAAAAGAUCCGGAACCGCAAGUUACAGUUCGAGGCAUUACAACACCUGAUCCAGCUCAUGCCACCAGCCAACCGCGACACUCUUUACUCACUCCUUAUCUUUCUGGCUACUGUUGCUGAGAAUGCAGUUGACCAGCAAACCAGCACUGGAGAAACAAUGCAGGGGAACAAAAUGGACAGCAGUAACUUGGCCACCCUCUUUGCCCCAAACAUCCUCCACACAGUGAAGCCCGGAACAGAGUCCAUGUCCACGACAGAGAUGGCCACGCACGCUGAAGAACGGAUAGAAGUCAUCAAUGUUGUCAGGAGUAUGAUUGACCACAACAAGGAGCUCUUUGAGGUGUCAGCUGAGCUCCUUGAUGAGACCUACCAACACCUGAUGGACACCCACCCGGAGGCUCUGAAUGUGCUCUUGCGGCGCCGCUGUACAGGUCCAGACGAAGGGUUAAACAUGACUGAAGACACGUUAGCUCUCCAUCUUAAUUUUCCCUUUAUUAGGAGCACAUGUCUUUCCUAUUCACAUGAGUACAGUAUCACCCACCAAGUAACUCAGCUCAUCACUGCCCCCCUCCCUGCUUGUUCUGGUUCUUUUACUACGCUUCUUGCUACAACCAGCUUCUUCACUUAUGAUACUCAUAACCAUCGUGGCCAGCACCUCCAGGAGCUGUUAGCGAGUUUAUUGGCACCUCAUCGGCCUCAGAGCUGUCCCUCCACUGUGCUGGAUCUGGAAGUGGACACGAGCAGCAGUGUGUUUGAGGGCAGCGAAUGUUCGUCCUCCCUGCCACGCUCCCCGACUGAUGCCACACACCAUCACGACUUUGAUCGGAUGCGCAUGAGCCUGGAGGAGAGUGACGGGGCGCGAGUGAGGCGGCGAGAGGAGGUGGUUCAUGAGGGUGCUGCUGUGGCUGUGCUUGAGCAGUCUGGCAGAAGACGCCACGCUGAGGAGGAGGAUGACGGUAGAGGCAGACGACGGGACAAGACAGGAGAGGUACCCGCGUCGUCAGGCAGUGAGGAGCGAGGCUGGUUCAGGAAACGCGAAAAGAGUUCUUCCCGUGAGUUGGACCGCACUAGUGAGGAACGACAACCAGAAAAGUCAAGGUGGUUUAGGAAACGAGACAAGAGUUCUUCCCGAGGCUCCGAGGAUAGAAACAUGCGACGGGAGGAGUCUGAUCGUCGACAGCGUGAAAAAAACAAAAACAGAGAUGAAUCUUCAGCAUCAGGAACUGAUAGAAGAAGGGGAGGGGAUACUGGAGGGAAGAGUCGAAAGACAACAAUAGAGAAAGUAGAAACCUUGGGGCCACGAGUGUCAGGGGAGGGUGAGGAUGAGUGGGGAGGACAUCGCCCUAGUGAACACAUAAGUACUCAGGAACGAUUACGUGUCCCAGAACCCACAGUGCGGAGGUUGUCAUCACCCGAGAUUGAUAAUUCUGGAGUGAUAACUGCUUCGUUACGUAUCCCAGUGCCUUUAAGUCAAGGAGGGCCGUUGUCCUUCACACAAGAUUCUGAAAUUCCAUAUAUUGAAGAUGGUGAGGAGAAAAAAAACCGCCAUCGGUCGUCUCCAUAUAAAGGAAGUGGUUCUCAACGGAGUGAUGUAACUCGUCAACGAUCGGGCAGCAGUGACUCAUAUCUGGGACAACCCAUCACCGGCACCAUGAGUUUCCAGCCUCUUACCAAGAAGGGUGGCGACAAGCAGAGCCAUGACUCUGUCCUCUCUUCAUCCUCAGCUGAUGUGUUCACGCUCUCACCUUCACCCCGCAACACUCCUCUCUCUGAUCUAUAUGCCUCAGGCACAUCCUCACCUCUCAGCAGACCUGGGUCACCCCCUCACUGGCUCAGUCCAGACUCUGGGACUCCAGGGCUCUCACCACCAAACUCUCCUCCUCUACAUCCCAGACGUAGAGGAGAUUUGCGGAACAAUCCUCUUGCUCAUUCAGUCACUCACACCUUUGGCUCAAAACCUCCAACCACACCAAAAACCAGAGCAUCCCCAAUAGCUGUCUCUCAAGGUCUUUUUCCAAUAGGUCGCUCAAAAACUGCAGACAGCAUCAAGGUGGAGAUGUACCCGAGUGACAUUGGGGUGACGAACCCUGACUCUGGUGAGGGUGGGAUAGUCAAUCGACGAGGCAGUCGAGCAGAUGAGGCAGCUCGAGAGGGCCGGCCUCAGCGAGAGUCAGGAGGCCGUCGCUACGUCCGCCGGAGGUACACGGGAGAACGUCACGUGACAGGGCAUCUGCCAGACCUAAGUGGGUCAAUUACAAAUGAGCCCCAGCCUUCUGGAGAGGGUCAAACGCAACUUUGGAAGCGCUGGGAGAUCAUUGCCUCAGACCCUACAGAGCCAGAAACGUUUGUGUAACUCUAGAGCCUCCCCAUGAUGUGUGGAGGCUUUACUAUUCUCUUCGUGGUGCCUUCCAAGUACUGUACCUUCACCGCCCUAAGUAUUGCUCAGCCUUUGAAUCCUCAGUACCAUCUAGUCACUUUGAAUUCCUCUUCUGGGGGUGGUUGGCGGAGAAAUUAGUUAAAAAUAAAGAUGAUAAUGACCUAUGCAUCUCUCAAAGACACAGAAAAUUCAUCCACUUCUGUAUACUGGAUCACCAGUUGACCUAAGGAUCAAACAAUAAUUGUAUAGACAAAAGACGACCAGGAACAGAUCUAGUCAUCUAUGUUAGUCUCGUGCACGUCUGGUUGUUGAUGCACUUGUACCAAGAGUAUUGCUAGGAUAUCUUUACACAGGAGUCGGUGUACGUACGUGCGGAUACCAUACAUUUGUAUGAAUACUGUAGUUAUGUGCAGAUACUGCAUAUAUGUGCAAAUACUGUACUUACGUAUGCAUACUGUACUUAUGUGCAGAUAUUGUACUUAUGUGCCAAUACUGUACUUAUGUGUUGAUACUGUACUUAUGUGCCCAUACUGUACUUUUGUGCAGAAGCUGUACUUACAUGUGGACACUGCUUAUGUGCAGAUAUUGCACUUAUGUGUAAAAGUUGAAUACUACUAUGUAAGAACUGUGUCACUUCACACUCUUAAUGUGAUGUUUGUUGAGGAAGUUGCCAAGUCUGUAAGUCACUGUUUUGUGAAGAAAAAACCCUUUUAUAUAAAAUCAAUGUACAAUGCAAAGAACAAUGAUAUAUUUCUGAUCA